AUUAGUUUGAAGCUACUCCAAUGUUCAAGGAAAGGUACACAUACAAAUAAUUAGAAUUCUGUAAGUGUAGUGUACUAGCUUUAUGGCCAAGUGAUACCAUAUCUUUAUUCAUUUUAUGAAGCAGCAACAUAACAUAGACAAUAUUGAGUUUACUUUACUAACCUUCUAUUUGGGAAAAGAAGCAUGUGAAAGGCACCUUCCAAAGGAACCUAGUUAAGUAAUAAUUAUCCCCCCAAAUAACUAGUAUAAAAUGGGGGAUGUAGUAAUGGAAAUUUCAUCAGUACUCAUUCAACACAAGUAGUUGAACAAUUAGAAAAGAAGAGCUUGACACAUUCAAGCAAUUGAUAUAAAGAUAGUGAAAUGGCUAGAUUGAGAACCCACAUUGUUGUGGGUUUGGGGAUUGUCAUGCUAAUGUUUAUAGCAUUGGCAGAGGCAACUCCCCCGGGAAUAGCUGAUCAUCCAAGCCAUUCUCAUUGCUCAGAUGAUGAGAUUAAGCAAUGUAAAAAUCUUCCUCAUGUCUGUCCCAAAUUCUGUCCAAAUGGCUGCAUAACCGAAUGUCGUUCUUGCAAGCCUAUUUGUGUUGAUGGCUCAGUCCCACCAUCUCCUCCCGAGGAACAAACUCCACCAUCGCCAUCUCCUCCUAAGGAAGAAACUCCACCACCCAAGGAGGAAACUCCACCUCCAUCUCCACCCAAGGAAGAAACUCCACCACCAUCUCCUCCUAAAGAAGAAACUCCACCUCCAUCUCCUCCUAAGGAAGAAACUCCACCUCCAUCUCCACCCAAGGAAGAAACUCCACCACCAUCUCCUCCUAAAGAAGAAACUCCACCUCCAUCUCCUCCUAAGGAAGAAACUCCACCUCCAUCUCCACCCAAGGAAGAAACUCCACCACCAUCUCCUCCUAAAGAAGAAACUCCACCUCCAUCUCCUCCUAAGGAAGAAACUCCACUCGCCUUCUCCUCCUAAGGAAGAAACUCCACCGCCAUCUCCUCCUAAAGAAGAAACUCCACCUCCAUCUCCUCCUAAGGAAGAAACUCCACCUCCAUCUCCACCCAAGGAAGAAACUCCACCACCAUCUCCUCCUAAAGAAGAAACUCCACCUCCAUCUCCUCCUAAGGAAGAAACUCCACCUCCAUCUCCACCCAAGGAAGAAACUCCACCACCAUCUCCUCCUAAAGAAGAAACUCCACCUCCAUCUCCUCCUAAGGAAGAAACUCCACCUCCAUCUCCACCCAAGGAUGAAACUCCACCACCAUCUCCUCCUAAAGAAGAAACUCCACCUCCAUCUCCUCCACCCAAGGAUGAAACUCCACCACCAUCUCCUCCUAAAGAAGAAACUCCACCUCCAUCUCCACCCAAGGAUGAAACUCCACCACCAUCUCCUCCUAAAGAAGAAACUCCACCUCCAUCUCCACCCAAGGAUGAAACUCCACCACCAUCUCCUCCUAAAGAAGAAACUCCACCUCCAUCUCCACCCAAGGAUGAAACUCCACCACCAUCUCCUCCUAAAGAAGAAACUCCACCUCCAUCUCCACCCAAGGAUGAAACUCCACCACCAUCUCCUCCUAAAGAAGAAACUCCACCGUCAUCUCCACCCAAGGAUGAAACUCCACCGUCAUCUCCACCCAAGGAGGAAACUCCUCCGUCAUCUCCUCCUAAGGAAUCAACUCCACCACCUUCAGUGCCAUCCUCAUCUCCACCUCCUCCAGCUUAUCCAACACCGACUCCUAAACCACCCACACCUAAGAUGGUCAAGUGCAAGAACAAGUACUACCCUAGUUGUUAUGCUAACCAGCAUGCAUGCCCUACCUCUUGCCCCGAGAGUUGUCAAGUCGAUUGUGUCUCUUGCAAACCCGUUUGUAAAUGUGACCAGCCUGGAGCAGUUUGCCAAGAUCCACGAUUCAUCGGUGGAGAUGGAAUUACCUUUUACUUCCAUGGCAAGAAGGACAAAGAUUUUUGCCUAGUUUCAGACCCUGAAUUCCACAUAAAUGCACACUUCAUCGGAAGGAGAAACGAGAACAUGAAGAGAGACUUUACUUGGGUACAAUCCAUUGGUAUCCUUUAUGGAACUCACAAAAUCUCAGUUGCUGCACUAAAAACAUCAACAUGGGAUGAUUCCAUUGAGCGUCUAGCCCUUCAUUUCAACGAUGAACCAAUAUUUCUUCCUGAAAGUGAAGGCGCGAGUUGGAAAUCUGAAACUGUACGUAAGACCUCAAUUACAAGAAUCAGCAAUACUAACGAGGUUGUCAUUGAUGUAGAAAAUGUAUUGACAAUCACAGCCAAGAUUGUGCCUAUUACAGAGCAUGAAUCACGAGUACAUAACUAUGGGAUAACGAGUGAUGAUUGCUUUGCUCAUCUUGAACUUGGGUUCAAGUUUGUAUCUUUGAGUGAUGAAGUGAAUGGUGUUUUAGGCCAAACUUAUAAGAAAGACUACGUGAGCAAAGUUAAAAUGGGAGUUUUGAUGCCAAUAAUGGGAGGUGACAGAAAAUUUGCAGCUUCAGGACUCUUCAAUGCUGAUUGUUCCGUAGCUAGAUUUCAAGCAAAUGAAGAACAAUCCGACAUUUUUAAGGCUCCGAUGAACUUAGGGCUUCCAAGUUUGAAUUGCAAUAGCGGAAUUUAUGGACGUGGAGUUGUCUGCAAACGAUAGACAUUAUUAUCUUACCAUUUGAUAUGAUCAUUUUAUCACAAUAAGGUUUGUAAACCAAUCUAAUAAUGGUCCUAUA